CUCAUCCUCCCUCCCAAUCUGAGUUUUUCACUUUUGGGUUUUCGCGGUUCGAAUUUUCGCACAAAAAUCCCCGCAAAUUCUAACCUUUGGAGCCAAUGCCUUCAAAUAUAUUUCAUCCCCUUUUUCGGUUUUUCCCCCAAUUUAUUAUUGAUUUCCCUAAUUUCUCAUUCAGGCGGAGCAUAGAUUCAAUUCGAUUUUUUCAUGUCUUCAUCCACACACACAUCAAUUUCCAGAUUUAGCACUUUCUCACAGAUACAGGUGUAUAGAAUCUUCAUAGGUAUCCUGCAAUAGAACGAUACAUACACACACACACACACGCUAGAUCAACUGCCUCGAUAAGUAUCCUUUUUUUUUUUUUCUUGUUUAUCUUUUUUGGAGAAAAAAUUCGAAUUAUUUGGAGCAGAAGUUUCGCAAUUCCUCCGCCGACUUAUUCAAUUCGCGGAAGGAAACGGUUUAUUUUUUAUUUUGUUCCAUCCCGGGUUUGAAUAAAGUGGAAUCUGAGUUAGGGUUUCUUCUGGGAUGCUCAAUUGAUACGACGUUUCGCCGAUUGCGAGUUCCGGUGCUGACUGAUUGGAUUGGAUUGGAUUGGAUUGUUUUCCUUCCCCAAUUGGUUUGAACAUUUAGGGUUCUGGUUGAGUGUGGUUGCCCUUUGUUUUUCUUUUGUGGGACGUUGAUGUGGAUGUAGUAGGACUAGAGCAUGAUUGCGAGACGGGCUGCCGUAGUUGAAAUGCCGAAGCUCAAGCGUUCCGAGAAUGUUGGAAUCGAUGGCGGAGCCAAUAAUGACAACGAGGAAGAGCUUGGCUUUGGCUCCGGUUCUAAUAAGAAGCAAAAAAAGAGCAAUCUUUUUGAUGAUGGGUUUUUUCCUGUUCCAGUUUCGGGGAUGACAAAUAAUCUGGGUCCCGCUUCUGCCGGAGCUGCUGCUUUACAUGACGGCGACGGCGUUGAGUUGGACUUCCCAGCUAAGGUUCAACAAAAUGCUGGCCAUAAGCCUCCAUUGUUAAAGUCUUCUCGAAGACGUUCUCAGGUACUUCCUUCAAAGUUUUGCGAUUCGGUUUUGCAUUCAUGGAAGAAAGAUAAAGAUAAGCAAAACACGGAGACUGAAAGAAAAGUUGACUGCUGUCCAAGUUUUGGCAAUAAUAAUGCUGUGUAUAGUAAGAAGAGAUUGAAGUGUGGAGGGUUGUUUUCCGAUGUAAAAACCUCAAAAAAUUCGUCGCAUUCCGAUAAUCAAGAGUCUGUUGGCUUCCAUUUGUUCAACAGCGUCGAAUUGAUUCCAGAAGAUACCACGGAUACCACCAAGGUCAAAGCAGCAGACUUGUUGGACAAUAAAGUACAUUUUAGUCAUCCCUCAAGCUCCGUGACAUCAUCAGCUAACCAAAGCUAUUCUAAUGCGUCAAAAUUGGCAGCUCAAAGUUGUGAUUUUGGGACGAAAAGCGUGAAUGGUUUUGUGACAUCAGGUAACCCAGGCUACUCCACAUUGAUAGGGCAAAGUUGUGAGCCGAAAAGUGUUAAUGGUUUUAGUGAUGACGGGGGCAAACGGGUGAACGGUAAGAUGAAUGGACUGAAGGAGAAAGAUGAGAGGAAAGAGGAUUUCUUUCAGCUUGGUGAUUUUGUUUUGGGUGACAUAGUUUGGGCCAAGUGUGGGAAGAAAUUUCCUGCUUGGCCUGCUGUUGUGAUUGAUCCACUCUGGCAAGCUCCUGAGGCAGUUUUGAGGGCGUGUGUGCCUGGUACCCUCUGUGUGAUGUUCUAUGGAUACUCUAAAAAUGGAACUCAGAGGGAUUAUGCAUGGAUUAAAGAGGGAAUGAUAUACCCUUUUCAAGAAUACAUGGAAAGGUUUCAGGGACAGACAAAAUUGUAUGGCAGCAAGGUCCAAGAUUUUCGCGCAGCAAUAGAGGAGGCAAUUUUAGCUGAUAUUGGCUAUGGCCACACAGAUUCCGUGGUCGAUACUGAGAUAUCUGGAGUUUUGAAUAAUCAUAAAAAAUCAGAUGAAGCUCCCGGAUCCAGCCAGGAACACUUCUGCGUCACCAAUAGAGACAAUAAUGGCAAGAAAAAGGAAACACAACACUGUGACAGCUGUGGUUUGAGUUUUCCGUCUAGAACAAUGAAGAAAAUUAAAGAUACUAGAUCUCAAUGUCAGUUUUGGUGUGAGCACUGCAUGAAGUUAAGGAAAUCCAAACAGUACUGUGGCAUAUGCAAGAUAAUUUGGCAUCACUCUGAUGGUGGGGAUUGGGUAUGUUGUGAUAGUUGUGAUGUCUGGGUGCAUGCGGAGUGCGCCAAAAUUUCCGCUGAACUCUUGAAGGAUUUAAAGAGCAUUGAAUACUUCUGUCCCGAAUGUAAAGCUAAGUCCAACCACGGACUUUUCACUGCAGCGAAAUUACAGUCAAAAUUCAGAUGUACCGAAAAUAGUGAACCAGCUGUUUUGCCGACCACUUUAGCUGUUGUUUGCUCUGGUGUUGAAGGGAUCUACCACCCGCCUCUUCAUCUAGUUCAAUGCAAAUGCGGUUCAUGCGGCUCAAAGAAACUAACUCUUUCAGAAUGGGAACGCCAUACGGGCUGUAGAGCCAAAAAGUGGAAAUGCAGUGUCAAAGUGAAGGAUACAAUGUUGACACUGGAGAAAUGGAUUGCAGAGCAUAAACUUCCUAACUCUGAUCCGGUGAAAUUAGAUAAGCAGCAGUUGUUUGGGUUUUUGCAAAAGAAUUAUGAACCUGUCACUGUGAAAUGGACUUCAGAACGCUGUGCUAUUUGCAGAUGGGUUGAGGAUUGGGAAUACAACAAAAUAAUUAUUUGCAACAGGUGUCAAAUAGCUGUUCACCAAGAAUGCUAUGGAGCAAAAAAUAGUCAGGAUAUUGCCUCGUGGGUUUGUAGGGCCUGUGAAACUCCUGAAAUUGAGAGGAAAUGUUGCCUCUGCCCUGUAAAAGGAGGUGCAUUAAAGCCAACUGAUAUUGAAACUUUAUGGGUUCAUGUUACGUGUGCGUGGUUCCGUCCAGAAGUUGCUUUUGUAAAUGUUGAGACUAUGGAGCCUGCCACUGGUCUUUUUAGGAUUUCUUCAAUUUCUUUUACUAAGUCUUGUGUUGUCUGCAAGCAAGUUCAUGGAUCCUGUGUGCAGUGUUACAAGUGUUCCACACACUUCCAUGCCAUGUGUGCUUUACGAGCUGGAUAUCUCAUGGAAUUGCAUUGCUCAGAGAAAGACGGUGUGCAGACAACAAAAUGGGUAUCUUAUUGUGCCUCUCAUAGUGCCCCAAAUCCAGAUAAUGUGUUAGUGAUGAGGACCCCAAAUGGUGUUUUCUCAACAAGAACCACGCUCCCAAGCCAAAACCAAGAACAGUUGUCUAGAGGUUCAAGGUUUGUAUCGUUAAAAAAUGUGGAUGAUGACUCAGAUGUCGAGGAUAAUGAGGCCGAUCCUCUUUCCGCUGCAAGAUGCCGUAUCUUUAAAAGAUCUAGAAAUAAGAAGGGUUUAUCUGAUCCUGUGUUUCACCGACUGAUGGGACCAUGUCAUCACUCGUUACAUGAGAUAGAUUGCUUAAGUUCUUUUCAGGUAGCUGAAGAUGUACCCUUCUCAUCAUUUAAAGAAAGAUUGCAACAUUUACAGAGAACUGAGAACCACCGAGUCUGUUUUGGUAAAUCUGGUAUUCAUGGAUGGGGCCUCUUUGCACGAAGAAGUAUUCAAGAGGGUGAAAUGGUUAUUGAGUAUCGUGGUGAACAGGUCAGGCGUAGUGUUGUAGACCUUAGGGAGGCGCGCUAUCGUCUAGAAGGCAAAGAUUGUUAUCUAUUCAAGAUCAGUGAGGAAAUAGUAAUUGAUGCUACUAUGAAGGGGAAUAUAGCACGCCUGAUCAAUCAUUCUUGUAUGCCAAAUUGCUAUGCAAGAAUCAUGAGUUUUGGAGAAGAAGAGAGCCGAAUAGUUCUUAUUGCGAAAACUAAUGUUUCAGCCGGUACAGAACUGACGUAUGACUACUUGUUUGAUCCGGACGAGCGUGAUGAGCAAAAGGUGCCUUGCUUUUGUAGAGCUGCAAACUGCAGGAGAUACAUCAACUAGGUGCGGGUAGUAUUAAUGAUGUUGAGAAACUGAUAUUUUGAGUCUGACCCAGAGUUUGCGCGGGGAACUUUUAAUUCCCUGGCGGAAAUAUGGUAGUGUUGGGUAGUUGUGUGUAGGCUGGAAAUUGAUAUUUUGUUUUGUGUAAUUGUAAUAUUCAUUCAUGGUCAAGUGAAAAGCCCGUAGUCUGAUGGGGGACCUCUACUUGGCUGGAUGUCUGAAUGUAAAUUCUUCCCUUUUGUUUGACUAAUGAACAUUGUUUAAUUG